AUGGGUUCCACCAUAUUGUUACAAACCCCUAUUGAAUAUGCAGUCACCGGUGGCUACUGGAACAGCGAAUAUCAAGUCAACUUGAACGGCAGUACCCUAUACCAUGUGGUAAAUGAAAGCCCCACGCCAGACAAACCAAAUAUCACCUUCUUCGCCGGAAGCAGCACGGAUGGUCCAAUCGUGGGGUCUGGCGUAUCCAUCCCCUUCUCAUCCGAUAUUCAAAUCACCCUGGGAGAUCCCGGCCUUCCCAAAACAGUGACCUCGACCAAGCUCAGCAAGAAAGGGUUUAUCUCGACGCGCUAUGUCUUUGAGUUGGAAAUUGAUUACCAGAUGCGGACCUUCGCUUGGAAGGACACUAGCCUCAACGAGAGUUUCGGGCCAGCUGGAAGCCAUAAACUAGUAGACGAAGCGAACGAGAUCGUGGCGGUAUUCUCGCCUGGUGGUGGCAGGGUGAAGAAGGAUGGGGCCUUGAAUGUCCAUGUUGAUUUGGGAGAGACCUUUAUUUUGAUGGCGCUUCUCACUGCUCUUGUUUUGCGAGAGAAAGUAAGGCGGUCGGCUGGAGGCCUCGCUGAUAAUUCCGGCAUGCCAUCUACCUACGUACCAGGCUAA